GGGCGGCGAGCCCAGGUCGUACUUCCUCGGAGCCUGGUGAUAAGCGACGCUCCCACCUUCGCCUCUAACUCGCUGCCGCCACCCUGCCCAGUGUCCUCCGGAGUCCCGGACCCGAGCACGAUGUGGAAACGCUGGCUGGCGCUCUCGCUGGUGACCAUCGCCCUGGUCCACGGCGAGGAGGAAUCAAGAAGCAAAUCCAAGAUCUGCGCCAAUGUGUUUUGUGGAGCUGGCAGGGAAUGUGCCGUCACAGAGAAGGGGGAGCCCACGUGCCUCUGCAUUGAGCAAUGCAAACCUCACAAGAGGCCUGUGUGUGGCAGUAAUGGCAAGACCUACCUCAACCACUGUGAACUUCAUAGAGAUGCCUGUCUCACUGGAUCCAAGAUCCAGGUUGAUUAUGAUGGGCACUGCAAAGAAAAGAAGUCUGCGAGUCCAUCUGCCAGCCCAGUUGUCUGCUAUCAAGCUAACCGUGAUGAGCUCCGACGGCGCCUCAUCCAGUGGCUGGAAGCUGAGAUCAUUCCAGAUGGCUGGUUCUCUAAAGGCAGUAACUACAGUGAGAUCCUAGACAAGUACUUUAAGAGCUUUGAUAAUGGCGACUCUCACCUGGACUCCAGUGAAUUCCUGAAAUUCGUGGAGCAGAAUGAAACAGCCAUCAACAUCACCACUUAUGCAGAUCAGGAGAACAACAAACUGCUCAGAAGCCUCUGUGUUGAUGCCCUCAUUGAACUGUCUGAUGAGAACGCUGACUGGAAACUCAGCUUCCAAGAGUUCCUCAAGUGUCUCAAUCCAUCCUUCAACCCUCCUGAGAAGAAGUGUGCCCUGGAGGACGAAACCUAUGCAGAUGGAGCCGAGACUGAGGUGGACUGCAAUCGCUGUGUCUGUUCCUGUGGCCACUGGGUCUGCACAGCAAUGACCUGUGAUGGAAAGAAUCAGAAAGGGGUCCAGACCCACACAGAGGAGGAGAAGACAAGAUAUGUCCAGGAACUCCAGAAGCACCAGGGCACAGCAGAAAAGACCAAGAAGGUGAACACCAAAGAGAUCUAAGAAGAGGCACAGAGCACCGUGUCCGGAGCCCAGCGCCUCCCCUUCAGCGCUGAGCCCAGUACACACAGAGUCUGCAGCAACCACCAAAUCACUAGUAUUUGCUUGUAUGGCAGCGAAUCUUAUUUUGUUUGUUUUGCAAUAAAGGAAAUGAGGGUGGCCAGCCUAGCAAGGGAAGGCCACAACCUUCACCUGUAGGAAUGCUUUAAGAGAAACUAAAGGACGCCUUGGGAUGAGAGGCAACUAAGGAAACAGCAUGGGGUUGGCAGAGGAGCAGAGGCAGGUCUGAAUGAAGCCUUUCUGGGGUCACAGCAGCUGCGAGGAGACUACAGGAGAAGCGUAGAGAAACAUUGAACUAGCCCUGCUGGAGGAAGUUGGGGGAGCUUUGUGGGGAGGAACCCUGCUGCUUUGACCCUUGUCACCACUGUCAGCAUGACAGACCUGCAGCAAGUCUGCUUCUCCCUUUGGUCCCAACAGUCACCUGAAUACACAGCCGCCCAACUAGUUACCUGUGUCCCUCAGCCUUGCAUGGAGUUUCCUGGAGGAUGUGUUUAAAUGAUGCAGACACUUAUGUACUUCAAGCGCCAUGGAGACCUAACCAAAAUUUUAAAAUACAUUUUUCUUUUUCUUUUUUUUUUUACCAAAGGUGCUAUUUCUCUGUAAAAGACUUUUUUUCCAAGCUGACUUCAUUCCUCAGUUAUUACCGUUAUAUUAUUGUUGUUUUUUAAUAUUUCAUUUUUUGACUAGAUAUUAAGCUUUUGUAAUUAUUUUUUCAUUAGUCCUACUAUUUCAGAAGUGAAGGUGAAGGGGGUUUGGGCAUUUUUCCAGGUACAGGGAACUCUGUAACACAAACAGCCCAUACCCUGUCACAUAUUAGACCGGAUGCAGUCCGGAGCUGUACCCCAACCCAGAGCUUCUAGAAGAUCAGCUACAUGCCACGAAGCACAAGAGGUCCCUCAGACAGAAGCCAUAGGACAAAGCAUCUUCAUAGACAUUGAGAUCCAAACAGUUGAUUUGCUUUUGUUUCUUGUAAGAAGUUCCAAGGAUGGACGCUCAGGCUAUCCCAGCCUGCCAGCCUGCUGUGAUCUGUGGCUAACUGGCAGAGUCAGCCACUUUGGUCCUUAGCUGCUCCUGGUUCUGGGUGUCAGUUUAUUUAGUGAACUGGUAAGAAUGAAUCUUGGAAUUUAAUAAGUGGUAGCUCGUGGUUUAGCCAACUGGUCCAGAGAGAGCUACCUUCUUAGGAUAGAUGAAUCCACACCAUAAGAAAAAACAGCCAGGAAUAGCAUGGAUGGGUUUUGCUUUGGUUGAAAUGAUCCUAGCAGGUGACUGGGUGUGAGGGCUUCAUGGUCACUCUGCCCAGGAAGAGAGUGUGAAGGACAACUAGCAGCUUCCCUAGGAAUGGUACACAUGAGUGUGAUCUCUGGAGUCAGAGGUACACAUAAUGAUAAAACUUUUCAGAUUUAGAGCCGUUAAAACUGGAGAUUGAAUCUGGAUUGAGAUUUAACUCAGCACUGGGGGAGAAACUGUUAUUGAAAGUCAAUCCUUUCUUUGGGCCUCUGAUUCUCAAACUCCUUUAUUGUCCUGUUUCCUGUGCAUUUAGCAUAACAAAAAAAUCUAACCGUUAUCUCAUUUGAAAAAUUCAAACUUCAGACCAUCCGAAUAAACUAUGGAGAUUUUCCUGCAUAGGAAAGUGUGGAAUGUUGAGCUCUUGAGAUGGGAGUGGAAUUCGUCCUAGUUUUCCCUGAUCUCAUCUGAGCAAGAUGAUUUGGCUCUGCCUAGUGUUCUGCGCCAUCCCUUUCAAAAGCUCUGAGCCCCACUCAUGCAGCCCAGAUUUCAUCCCCCUCUCCAAGUGCCUUGGAGAGCUCACAGCAGCAAUGCCAUCAUCAAAAGUUUUGCUGGUUCUUGGAGGAGAUGGGAGAGGGCAGGAGUAUCAAUCUGGUCAAGUAGCUACAGUGUCUGUUGGCCAAUCAUCUUUAGAACCCUGUAACACUGAAUACCAGAGGGCAAGCCUACAUUCCUCUUCUGCUACUUCAGUGUAACUAGGGCAGCUGUUGUCUGAACCACCAUAGAUUCAGGUGAUCCUUGAACCAUUCAUGAAAAGCUGCUAAGUAGCCUGGUUUGGGAGACUUGGGUUGAGAUUUGCAUGGGACCAACACGCAGGAUUACAUCUACUUCCCUUCCUAGAGUCCUCUAGAAGCCUAUAAAGCAAGACUGCAAGCUCCCUGGGCUUGCUCUGGGGUUUUGUUCUGUGGUUUUUUGUUGUUCUUGUUGUUUUAUUAACAUCAGUGUCUCUUAAGAUCCAGGACCCAGGGAAGUCUUUUCACAUACAUAUACCAGGACUCUUGGGUACUACUGUCAGUCUUGGGGAAGCAGGCUCCUCCAUCGGCAACCAAAUCCAUGUGAACACUCCGAAUGCCUUGGUUAGUCCUAUGACCUAAAUAGUUAAACUUCAGAAAAUGGUUUCAACAGAUUUCUGUGCCCGUGUGGUUUUGAAAAUGCAUUUGUAUUUACUGUGCUUCUGUAUUCCAUUUAACUGUUUUUUUUUUUGUUACUUCUGAUU